AUGAGUCUUAAUCUACCCAAUCCUAGUAUAUUGGGUAUUCUAUUAGUGGUGUCGACUCAUAGCGGUCCUCAAUUGGUAUUUCAAUACCCACCUGAUUUGUCCAACGACUCCAAGAAAAGUUCUAAUUUAAAACGAACUAACAAAACUUCAACUUUGCAAAGAAAGGAUAGUGACUCAGACGAAUUGGAUAUAGAUGACGAUGAUUACAUAGCGGAUAAUGAAAAUGAUGAAGAGUUCGUUAAUGCGGAUAAUGAUGAGGAAAAGGAAUGGGAUUCAAGAAAAAUGAACUAUUACUUGGGAACAAAAUCGGAUUUGCUUCUGUUCUUAGAUGAACAAGAAAAAUUUCGUCAGACACUGCAAGAAAGGAACAAAAUUUACGGCCAUAAACAAUCUGAUUCACAUAUCGAUCCAGAUGAAAUAAAAUCCUUACAUCGUAAUAGCAAAUCAGGUUCUUCUGAUAAGCAAAUAGAAUCACCGAAACUUGAGGCCUCAAAUUCAAAUAAUCUAAAAAAGACGAUAUCCAGUAUCUCAGAUUCCCAAAAAAGUAGCACUUCGAAGGCUUCAACCAGCGGUAUUCCUCCGGUAUCUCCUAUUACGAGUAGCACGAUUCUUGGAUUUGAAGCAGAUUAUUUAUGUGAAAUGCUUUGUCCCCCAAAACAGAUGUGCAAUUCGAGAUUUGAAAUCAUGAUUGAUGAUUUGGUGUUUCUAGGAUUACCGAUACAUAGCUAUGAUAAUGGAUCAUGGAAAUCAAAACAUUCUCAUCGUCCAAAAUCAGGAAAACUGUCUAAGGGAAGGUCUAAAAAUGCUGCUGAUAAUGCCAGUAUUGAUGAAGGAAUAGAUUACGAAACUACUUCCAAAAGUCAAUCUAAAAACUCUAUGAGUAUGUUUCACCUAGUAUUUAUAAUGAAUCCACCUAUAAUAGAGUGCAAUUAUCGUAUCGAUGAGAUGUUUCACUAUGUUAUCUCAAGAUUAUCUCUAGUAUUAAGGUACGAGCAACUGAAACAUGAAUAUGUUUGGAAUCAGAUUCGCAUGAUAUAUAAUUUAAAGGAAGAAUUCAGAAAUCAAGCAACCAUGGCGAACCUAACGAAAUAUUUGACUGACAAAUCAUCAUUAUGUAAAUUAAUAUCCGAGUGUUUUACUCAAAUUUCGAGGUCUAACAUUGCCAAUCUUUCAAUAAAUAAUAAACUAAGAUCAUUCCAAAUUCCGAUUAAGACAGAAUUUCAUUCGUUACCAGAUUCUACUGUGCCAUAUUUACCAGGUUCUCACUUAUCAUCUACUGUAAAUAUGCUAGCUAAUACUGGACUUAUUAGCGUUGGUGAGACCAUCAGAUACGAUGUAAAUAACUUGAACAGUGGGGGCCUUGAUGAUUUUGAUGAUAUUGAUGACAAUAAGUCAGAUUCAAAUGCUGAUGAUAUUAUAUAUUAUGCAUUAUUAUUAUUGGAUGACCCAGAAACCAUAAUCAGAGACAUAAAAGCUCAACAACAAAGUACCCUUGCAAAUUUCAUUAGAAUGAUUAAGCCAACUGAAUCUUUAUUAAAACUAGCUAAUAAAUUGAAGCAACAGGCAAGCGAUAACGGAUUUAGCUUAGAUGCUGGACAAAUUAAAUCCUUUGCAUUUCAUUUAAUAUAUUGGAGAAGAGCACGAGUAAUCCUCCCGAUAAGUACAAGAUCCGUUUAUAUUGUUUCGCCAAUGGCCCCUAUAACACUUAAGUUUCAUCAUGACAUCUUUAUUUUCAAAAAGACAUUUCCGGCCUUACCAUCAUUACCUCAUUUCUUAAAAUUAUUGUCAAAUUCAUCAAAACCAAGACAAUUAGCUACUGUAAUUCCAUCAAAGGAUCAUCGCGAUGCCUACUUAAAUGCCCUAAGCUGGUUGAUUAGAUAUGGCUAUGUUACCCAGUUACAUACAUUUAUUUGGCUAAAGAUUUCUAGGAAAAUAAAAAUGAAGGUUGAAGAGGACUUAGAAAAUGAAGGUGCUAAUAAUAAGCGGAAGAAACCAAGUGCCACAGCUGAUCCUAAUAUAUCCAAUAAACUUAAUGCAGGUACAGAUAACACUUCGAAGACAGAAUCCAACCCGGAGGAUAUUCAACGCAAAAUGUCCCAGUUGAGAAUGAUAAAUAGAAAUAACAAUGGUAACCCAACGUCUUAUGAGCAGGAAAUAGAUAAUAUAGAAAAGAAGUUAUUAUCACCAUCAAUAGGUCUUAACCUUGUUUUAGAGGAUGAAGGAGAUACGAUAAUAAUCGAUCCAGGACGUGCAUCUUCGUUGGAACGAAGAUGGAUAAAUAAAGUGAUUUCUGAAGAAUGCAAUCUUUCGCCAGAAUUAACAGUUAAAUUUUAUGAAUUAUUGAAGUAUAUGAAUGGCAAGAAUUCAUUGGAGCUUUUACUAUUGAAAGAGAAUGUUUCCAGACAAGAGUUAAGAACGUUAUUGUUUGCAAUUGAAGAUCACAUUAUAUCUGUAAGGCAUUGGUAG